AUGGCCAGCUAUUUUCCUCCUGGCGCCGCCUCCAGCCACGUCUCGACUCGAUCGUCUUCGCCCGCGUCCUCCCCGCUGUCACCACCCGCUCAACAGCGAUCCAAUGCCUUGUCGAACCGGCUGACAAGUGUGCUUUCGGCUUCGUACGCCGAUUCGGACAUCCGCGAUGCGCUAGAGACACUCAGCCUCAGGGGCAUCCAUAACACGGCGGAGGUGAGACGACAGCUGCGCUUGGAUGUGCAGAAGGAGGUGGUCGAUUCCAAUGCCGAAAUUGUGCGAGACUUUGGCAAGGUUGCGGAGCAACUAAAACGAAUCGGGACCGUGAUAUCCAGUCUGAACCAGACAUGCGAGGAGAUGAAAAAACAUAUUGUCCUGGCGAAACAGGACACCACCCCUGUGCUCGAGGAAGCGGCCUCGCUGAUGAACCAGAAAAGGGAGGCCGAGACGAAACAGCAGCUACUUGAUGCCUUUACCAAACACUUUAUCGUCUCGGAGGAGGACUUACUCAUUCUGACAUCGGCUGAAGAGCCCAUUGACGAGAGGUUCUUCGACCUACUCUCCCGCGUCAAACAGGUCCACCGGGAUUGCGAAGUCCUACUCGGUGGAGAGAACCAGCGGCUGGGGCUGGAGCUGAUGGAAAAGAGCUCCAGGAAUCUGAAUUCCGCCUAUCAGAAGCUGUACAAAUGGAUUCAGAAGGAGUUCCGAUCAUUGAACCUUGAGGACCCACGAAUCAGCAGCUCCAUACGUCGGGCUCUACGCGUGCUGGCGGAACGGCCGAGCCUGUUCCACAGCUGUCUGGACUUCUUUGCCGAAGCUCGCGACUACGUGCUGUCCGACGCAUUCCACUAUGCCCUGACUGAUGCAGUAACCGGUGCGGGUGGUGACAACGUCAAACCGAUCGAGUUCUCUGCCCACGACCCCCUGCGGUACAUCGGCGACAUGCUUGCCUGGGUACAUUCCACGACGGUGUCGGAACGUGAGGCCCUGGAAUCUCUCUUUGUCGCCGACGGCGAGGAGCUUGCCAAGGGUAUCCAGGCCGGACUGAAUAGCGAACCCUGGUCUCGCCUCGACGAGGAUGAGACUGUCUCCUUCGACGGACAAAAGGCCCUGAGCGACCUCGUCAACCGCGAUCUUACGGGCGUCUCGCGUUCUCUACGACAGCGCGUCGAGCUAGUCAUCCAAGGCCAUGAUGACCCGGUCACCUGCUACAAGGUCGCCAACCUGCUCUCCUUCUACCGCGGCACCUUCUCGAAGCUCCUGGGGCCGCGGUCCAACCUCGCGGAUCUGCUCGAGACCCUGGAGAAGUUCACCCUCCGGCAUUUCGAGACCCUCAUGCGCAACCAGGUCAACACGCUGUCCGCCGACCACGCCGCACUCAUCCCGUCAGACGAUCUUUCCGCCCCGGAGUUCCUGCAGGACGCCCUGGAUGUGCUCACUGCAUUGAUGAAAACCCACGAAGCCUCGUUCGGCGCCGACGUCUCCACUGACGACGGCGACAACGACAGCGUCAACCGAUUCGCCCCUGUGCUUCGCGCCGCACUCGACCCAUUCCUUGAACUGGCCAAAUCCACCGCGGACGAGCUUCCCAAUCCCACCGCCCGCGCCAUCUACCUAACCAACAUCCACCUGACGACGAGAUCGACCAUCGCCGCGUACCCGUUCGCCAGCGCCACGCACCUCACCCCGCUGUCUACAGCGCUCUCAUCGCUCCGCGUAGACCUUCUCGCCAUCCAGCACCGCUACCUCCUCGACGCCUCCGGCCUACAGGUCCUCCUAGCGGCGCUGGAGCCGUUCUCCCCAUCCUCGACCAACGGCCCGUCCGACACCGCAAACGACGGGCAACAGCAGAAACAGCCGCAACCCGACAUUGCCGACAUCGCCAACCUCCCGGCCUUCCAACCCGACGCGCUGGUCGCCACCAGCCAGCAGCUGGAUGACUUCCUGCCGUCGGCGCUCAUGGACGCAACGGACAACUUGAAGCGCGUACAGAACGCGUCCUUUGCCAAGAGCGUCACGGAGGAGGCGGUCGAGGCGUUCUGUCGGGACUUUGAGUUCGUCGAGGGCAUGAUCAUCGGCGCCGACGAGGCGCGGGCCAAGGUGGAUGUUACGCGGGACCGGGCGGUCGAAGACGACAGCGCCAGCGAUAGCGACAAGGACAAGGACGAGGACGGAGAUGAAGAUGAGGACGCGGAGAAGGGGCUGGGGCUGAGAAGACUGUUCCCUCGGACUACAGGGGAGAUUCGGGUGUUGCUGAGCUAG